AUGGACACUACGAACCAUAGGCUUCUGCCCCCACUGGUGUCAUUCAGACUUUACGAAAGGCGUCGCCAGUACCGCGAGUUCGAGACUUUUGAUAAAACAAUGUCGCUGAUCGAAUACCUCGUCACCACCGACCCGCUAUUGUCAACCACUCUCAUUGACUGGCCUCCACGUCCAAUAGAGACAACUUGUCCAGCGCUCACGCACCAGCUCAUUAGCAUCGUCCCCGAGUUACGUUCCACUCUGAGAUCCCACGGAUUCCCCGACUCACUCAUGAAGACUGCAUGCCUCGUGUCCCAGUGCAUCGACCCACAGAAUCAUGACCCGACGGAAUACACCCCUCAAAAGCUCAUCCGUAUCCAUCUCGAUAGCUACAACUACCUCCCAGUUCAGCUUGAUACCUGCAGAGAUGCCAUCUGGAACAUGCUUCAAAGCCUUGGGCACAAGGACGUCCACAUCGAACUUAGCUACGGUUCAAGCUCCACCAAUGUCAAUCUCUCCAGUGAGCCAAAUUCUCAAAUGCCCAAGGUGAAUUUGGCGAUUGAGCUGGCUCGUCUGGAAGUCCUUGAAAUCCUUGAAGAGUACUUCCCGGGUAAGUUGUCUGGUUUGGUUCCAUACCUUACUCGUCAGUAUGGACUACCCGUCCCCACGGUCGUCGUGGCAGUCCAACCUUCCAGUCAUGCCAAUUGGCUCAAGUUGAGACAGCUGAUCCUGCGAGAACUUCAGAAGUACACCAAGAUGUUUUUGGAGGUUGAAUUUUACGGAUAUCAUAUGGUGGUGGGGGAGGAGGUGUGA